AACCUGAGAAACUUUCACGAAUUCCAUCAAAUACUAGUACAGUUACAACAAAUCCUGAAACAUUAGAAUCUACUUAUGAUAAUGAAAUAAAUGAAUCGGAGUUAAGAAGACGAAUAAUAAAUAUUGAAGCUACUGAUAGGAUAUCAAUAACACCGGAUAUUAUUAAUACAACCGUUGAACCUGAUUUUGUUGUUGAACAGAAUGGACCAUUUCAUGAAAACUUGAUAGCUGCAAUUCAUUUAUCUUCAUCUCCAGCUUGGAUAUCACGAAUACCAUAUAUCAUUAUGGUCAUUUAUUCACAUAUAUUUGAAGAACUUCUUGCAGUUGCUGACGUGCAAGAGGCAUAUCUAUUUUGUAAAGGACACUUUGAAAUAAUAAAAGAUUAUAUCAAAAAGUCCAAAUGGAGUCGUUCAUAUUCUCCAAUAAAAAUAAUUACUAAUGUAACACCUGAAGCGCGUUCAGUUGAAGACGCAAUGAGAAAAUUAGAUGCAAAACAGUUAAUUAAUUCCGAUUUUAUUCUCAUAUACUUUGAUGUUGUAUCAAAUAUACAUUUAGACAAAGUAUUGGAUGCUCAUAGGGCUCGAAAAUCUGUUGAUAAUAAUGCAAUAAUGACAAUGUUAAAGAAGCAAGUCCAUUUCACAGGACAAGGUGAAUCCCCAAUUUUCGUACUAGAUAGGAAAACUAAUGAAUGCGUUCAUUGUGAAACCGUGGAACUCUAUCUGCGUAAACGUCGCAUGGUUAUGGAUAUUGAAGUAUUCAAAAAGCAUGCCGAUGUUCAAAUACGUAAUGAUCUUAUCGAUUGUCAGGUUGAUAUUUGUUCAGUAGAGCGGUUGAACCAUGGAUCAAUCGGUCAUCAUCUGGGUGCUCAACUGGCGGUUGAUCAGUGGGUACCCACGGUUGGUGCAAAUCCGAAUAUAGGGAUUUAUUAUUGUAGUUUGGUCACUACACCAAAUCAUGGGCAGGAUUUGAAAGUUGCACACCGUUUGAUGAGUUGGCAAGGCUACAAGCACGUAUUAAGAACUAUCAAAUUCUGA